AGAAGAGAUCGUCUUCGAUGGAGGGUUGGAGGGAACAGAGCAGAUGGCUGCUGCGCCUCGAAGACUUCGCGGGGCAUUCCAUGGGCGAGACGUUCAAGUCGAUGCUGACGGCGCUCGGCCGAGCGGCUCGAAGCAAACACCAGAGAGAAAUGUCGUCCCCCCGCGGAGAAGGAGAGAACCGCGAGCCGGCGGCCACGGCUUCGACGGGCGUGCCGAGGGACGGAGAGAUCAUGGGAAGGCGAGGAUGGAGUAACAGGUUGGGCAUUGGUGACCCGGUAGGAGUAGGGGGAAAGAGGAAAGCGAGGGAGGAAACACUGUCUGGGGGCGCGCCGAGGGAAGGAGAGAUUAUGGGAAGGCGAGGAUGGAGUAACAGGUUGGGCAUUGGUGACCCGGUAGGAGCAGGAGGAAAGAGGAAAGCGAUGGAGGAAACACUGUCUGCGGGGGACGCGCAGCGCCGUCGUCGACCCGGGAAAGAAGUUGUCGAGGAGGGUAUUGGCUUCGCGGCUGGAAUCGGCGACGAGGAAUGGUGUUUGAGGGAAGAGAAGAGUCGCGGUACUGGGAGAAAGGUCGGCUUCACCGCAAAAGCCGGAGAGGGCAGUGGCAAGAAAAGCAAGGGGAGUUCGCCGGCCCCUAGUGAUCCGCCGGCGGAUAUGCCUCAAGAAUUCAAAGACCAAAUUGAUGGCAUGGGCGGGAAAGAGGUCAAGCUGGUGAUCGAGAAAGAGCUAUCGCGGACGGACUUGGAUAGACAUAUAUGUCGCGUGUCUAUUCCCAAGAACCAAGUCCGCGAUCUGAGCUUUCUCAGAGACGAAGAGAACCGAUUCGUGGAAGCGCAAAACGCGAUGGAUGUGAGCGUGAUCGGCCCGAAGCGAUCGCAGGUGUUGAAAUUUGCGCUGGUGGAGAUGGGCAGCAGGAACAAGGCGAAGCCGUCGUUGAUCUACAACUUCAGAUCCGGCUGGAACAAUUUCGCGUCGGAGAAUGAGCUGAAAGUACGCGACAGGGUCCAAAUCUGGUCGUUCCGAGUCGAUUCUGACGACUGUCGCGACAGGCUUUGCUUUGCUCUGAUCAAACUUGACGACGACAGACGAAACGGCGGAGGAGACACGGGUCACGGCGACGGUAGCGAUGAAAACAAAAACAACAACAGCAACAACAACGGUGGCGGUCCGAGCUCGGUUCCCGGUGGCUCGAGCUCAGAGCCUGGAAGCACCAGUACCCCCCAAGAAGGAUUAGUCUGUGUGUCCAUACAACAUCAAUUUGCGUUGAUGGAUCUUUGUCGAUUUUGAACAAUUAUAAGUGUCGUUUUGAUCUUUUCUAGGGAGUGUUUUCAGGGGUUCAUUGCACUGAUUUUUCGUUGGUAUGGAAAUAGCAUUACCCCCUUUGGACAA